ACAACCUUCCGUCUAUGAGAAAAAGUUAAACUUUUAGCUGUAAAUUUGCAUUUUGGGAAAUGGUGUGAUAAAGUUUAAUAAAUAUAAAACCCGUGUAAUAUUUGAGUCGUUCUAAUCGAACAAUUUUAGUGGUUUUAACGUUUUUCAUGCAAUUGCGUUUAGGCGCUUGCUACCCGUGUGAAAUGGCGUUGAAUAUUUUUGGUGUUUGCAAAUUAAUUUAUAUAUAAUUAAUAUUCAUAUUCAUAUGCCUACAAAAUGUUAAAUAUAAGAAUUGAAGUAUUUGUUCGCGUUCGUACAAUAACAGCCAUAGCUUUUUUGCUCUGCGUUUGUACAAACCAACGUUGGGAGACGCAGGCGGAUCGUAUCUCGUUAUUACCUGCAGCGCCGCAUUUACAGCAUCAUGCACCAUGCGAUCGAAGUCGUAAGGUUUUUACCGAACCUUACGGAGAAAUAAGUGAUGGUCCUGCGGGUUUUAAUUACACGCAGGAUUCGCACUGUGAGUGGUUGAUAAAAGCUCGCAAUGAUAGCCAGUUUAUCACGCUCACCUUCCAUAGCAUGGGAACAGAGUGCUCGUAUGACUAUAUAUAUGUAUAUGAUGGAGACUCAUUUAAUUCAACGCUGCUAGGCAGCUUUAGUGGGCGUACACAACCACAACGGCUGGUUGCAAGGAGUGGGAGCAUGCUGAUACUAAUGUACAGCGACACAAAUUAUGUGCUCGAUGGCUUUCGAGCUUCCUAUUACAUAUCGAAUUGUUUGAAUAAUUGCCAUGAUCACGGGAAAUGCGUUGGUCAUCAGUGUGUCUGCCAUGGUGAAUGGGUGUUGCCCGACUGCGAGGACGAGGCGUGCCCGAAUAAGUGCGGUGAGUCGCAAGGGCGCGGUAAAUGUGUGAAAGGCCUUUGUCAUUGUGAGAAGGGAUUCAGUGGCCGCUUGUGUGAUUUGUAUAUAAAUCCGCCAGGCGGCAAUUGGCGAUGGCUUGCCACAGAUGCAGAGGGUAUGACUCCACGCGCUGCACACACUGCCAUUUACCUGGAAGAGCAAGAUGCGCUUUACGUAUUUGGAGGAUAUGACUUAAAUAAUGUUAUCAAUUCGUUACAGAUUUACCGCUUCAGCAGCAGCCAAUGGGUAGACGAGUGGGGUCUACUGUUACAAGAUCACAAUUAUUCACAGAAAAUAAACGCCACUCUCCUUAAGGCGGUUUUACAACAUAAAAAUGAAGAUGAAGCAAAGCUUUGGGGACUGAAUAGUGAUGUAUCGUUUUUCCGAAAUAUUUUAUAUACACUUGCAGAAUCGAAUUUGCACCAAAGACGUACACGAUCUUCACAGCUGAUUUCGGACGUUAGUGCCAAUACUACCAAUGAUCAAAUUCCAGAGUAUUUCGAUGAUAUUUUAGAAGAGGUCACAGAUAAUAAGCCCGAAGGUCGUUAUGCCCAUGCAGCAGAUCGUGUGCCGGGUGGUUUCGUGAUAUAUGGCGGCAAGAAUGCAAAUGGAAGUUUUUUCAACGAUUUGUGGUUUUAUAAUAGCACCGAAAGUGGUGGUAAGUGGAAGCAGUGGGCACGAAAGUCAAAGUUGCAGCCACCAAAAAUUGCGCGCCAUACAAUCACACUGGCUGGCGAAUACCUGUAUUUGUUUGGUGGAAGUUUGGAAACAGGGGAAUUUUCAUCGAAAAUAUAUCGAAUACACCUGCCAAUUUAUAAGAAAAACAAAUAUUCUCUUAACGAGAAUGGUUCCUCUAGUGCAGAACCCCCUAAUGAAGAUGGUACAUACAAUGGCACAGAUGAAGAUGAUGAUGAUGGUCAAUGGGAAUUCGUGCAUCCUCGCGGUGGUAAAUCGUUGGAUGUGCGCCUGGCUGCUCACAGCACGGUUUACUAUAGCGCAACAAAUUCCCUAAUUGUUUUCGGUGGUAUAAUGUCAAGUUUGGCUCGUUUCUCCAAGCUUUCCGAUCGCAUUUUCGCAUUCCAAUUGGACAAAUUGCAUUGGACCGAAAUACUGUAUCCACGCACUGCCUUACGGGACACAAACAUUCCACAUGAACGCGCUUUCCAUUCCGCUACCAUUUCCGGCAAUUAUAUGAUAGUUUUCGGUGGUUACACGCAUCGUCACAAUAAAGAUGAAAUCUGCUAUGACAAUCAAAUGUACUGGUACCACCUCAGUUGCCACAUUUGGAUUAAUCAAGUAGUUUCGGCUGAUGAAAAUUUGUAUCCAAAAAAACAAGGUGUAUUUGCACAUGCUGCUACAUUGAGGCGAAAUAAUACAUUGCUGAUUGUAGGAGGUUAUCAUGGGAAUGUUAACUCCGACCUCUUCGCUUAUGAACUGCCACAAGUAUUACGUGUACAAAAUCAUGGUUAUAAUCCUGAAAUGUCAUGCCGUUUGCAUACUUCCCACACAGCGUGCUUGUCGAAUCCUGAAUGCGGUUGGUGUUCAGCUGACAGUAGCUGUUAUGGACGUACAAUUGGUGCUAAUUGUACCACAAACUUACAGACUACUCGUUGUCCCGGUAUAUGCCCAUCUCUAGGAGAUUGUCAUUCUUGUCUAGUACAUGGAACACAGUGGCAUGCCGACACAGAUCACUACUUCUCCGUGGCCAGCAAACUGGGACUGAACGAAUGCACUUGGUGCGUACAGAAUGCGAAAUGUCAUCAUCGUGAUGAUAAUUACGGUAUUUGCGGGGAAGAUACACCGUCGCACAGUCCAGGCUGGUGGGGUGAAAAGGGUACCGAGAUACGUCACCCAUCACAAUGUACCAGUAAUGACAAACGACCUGGUCUUACGUACAUUAAAUACCAUCACCCUGUCAAUCUAACAAUGCCCGACUAUGUGGCUAUAGUAAAUGCGACUAUGGUAGACUUUGGCUCGCCUCCGCCUGCAACGCAAUACGAACAGAAGUUGGAGGGAGAAAUGUUGGCACGAUUACUGGGUUUUGUAAGGCCACAAAAAACUUGGGAAGAACCUUCCGAGAUUCAGGUCUGCACUAGCUAUUCUACAGCAGUUUUACGUGCAGGUUUAAGCAAAAACUUAGAAUCACUCAAGGAAUUGACUAAUCGUUCUACAAAUCAAACUUACUGCGGUCCCGUCGAAAUACCCAGCACAGACCAGCCAUUUCUUAUAGAUUUCCAGGCUCGUCGUCGUGUUGGUCUUUCCACUUUGUACAAUGCUUACCAAAAAACGAAAAUGGAAUUGCAGCACAUUUAUCAUGGCAAUCUAAAUGCUUUCACCUUCGAAUAUCUCGAGCCUUAUUAUUCUGGCAAUUGUUCACAUUACACCAAUUGUUUACAUUGUCUUACUGAUUCGUCGUGUGGCUGGUGCGGCUUGACUUCAAAGUGUGUCGACAAAUCUAUAAACGAAACUGAAAUCUGCACGCUAGCUGAUACUUCGUCGUCAGAUGCCAAAGCCGACUAUUGGGAGUAUCUUAUAACACAACCUUUUCAAUGCGCCAACUGUUCCAAUUAUGUGUCGUGCGAUGAAUGCGUUACGACAGGCUUAUGCGAAUGGUGGACAGAGGAAGCGCGCUGUGCACGCUUUGGUAAAUCGGGCCAUGGCGUUCGUAACAUAUCGAGUUGUCCAAUUCCAUGCCGCUUGCGCUCAUCGUGUGACCAGUGUUUGAAUGAUCGUGGUCGCUGUGUGUGGUGCGAGGCAAGCGCGCAGUGUUUUAGUUUUGCCGUUUACACAAGUGAAUAUCAGUUCGGCAUGUGUCGUGAGUGGUUAGACCAAAUAGUUUCAAAUGAUUCUCAGCGUGUUACGGAUUAUGGACUUACCGGCCGUGGCGGUACUGUAACCACAAUUCAGCAGCAGCCGAAUUUUCCACAGAAACAACCCGCGACACAAUGUAAAUCCUGUGCCUUAUAUAACAACUGCUCAACCUGCUUGCGCACGCUCAGCUGCGGCUGGUGCUUUGACCGCGACAACCCCAUCGAAGGUGUCUGCAUGCAAGGCGACUUCAGCCGGCCUUUCGGAAACUGUUCUCUAGCGUUAAACAGCCCGACACUGCAUGAUGCGGAAUGGGCAUACGCGCAGUGCCCGGACGUCGAUGAAUGCGGUUUGGGACUACAUGAUUGCCACAAAGAGGCCAAAUGUACAAACACUCAUGGCUCAUAUAAUUGCCACUGUCGGCGCGGUUAUAUUGGAGAUGGACGGCUGUCCUGUGUGCGAACUUGCUACGAGAACUGCGUAAAUGGCUACUGCUCAGGCCCACCAGAUUAUGUAUGCAAAUGCGAACUGGGCUGGACCGGCACUGACUGCUCGAUCAAUUGCGGCUGCAACAAUCAUUCGACUUGUGUAGAGCGUGUCGGAAAGUGCGACCAAUGCCAGGCAUGGACGGAAGGCGAACGCUGUGAGCGUUGCCGACAGGGUAGCUAUGGCAACGCAACAUCGGCCGAUGGCUGCCAUCCUUGUGAAUGCAAUGGUCACGGUAAUCAGGAUCUGGGAAUUUGUAAUGUAGGCAACGGUGAAUGCUAUUGCAAGGAUAACACUGUGGGUUUAAAGUGUGAUCAAUGUGCCAACGGUUAUUAUGGUGAUCCAAGGGAUGGUGGGCAAUGUUACUUCCAGUGUGAAUCACGUGGAAUGCUGACCAAUAUUGGACGCAGUGGCAUCGGGUCAUAUCAGUCGUAUAAAAAUCCAUGGGGUGCCAGUUUAGAAGUGCGUGAAUGCUUAUGGAUACUUUCACCGAAAACUUUACAAGCCGAAAAGUCGCUACUGCAAUUGGAGUUUGAAUGGCCUAGUCUAGCAAUGGACUGCGAUGAAAAUGCGGUUUAUAUAUACGACAGUUUGCCCGAUUUGACAGGCGCUACGCAGCAGAAUCAACUAAUAUCUGUUGUAUGCUCGCCAUAUACCGCUACUCAUAUUGUUGAAGCGCGCUCGAGUCAUGUUACAGUUUAUUAUAAACAAGGUGGUGAUCGUCAGAAAUUCGGCUUCAAUGCGCUUUACACUGUGAAAAAUUGUGCUGCACGGACCUGCCUACAUCCGCAUAUUUGUGAUGAGCAACAGCGCUGCGUUUGUCCUGCUGGUUAUGUUGGUGCGCGUUGUGAAAUAGAAAUAUGUCCAAAGAACUGCAAUGCCAAGCGCAUGCAAGGUUACUGCGAUACCGAUUAUGGGCGCUGUAUUUGCAAUAGCAGCUACGCAGGACCCGAUUGUGGAACGCUGGUCAAGCCAAAUCAUCUGGUUGUCACAGAUCUUUUUAACACGUUGUUGCUGAGCGAUACAUAUGAACAUUUACGCAAGACUAUUCCGCGCUUUGGUCACUCAGUAAAUGCGGAUCGACGUGGUUCACUAUGGAUGUUUGGUGGUUAUUCACCAUCUCAUGGUCCACUCAAUGAUUUUCGACAGUUCGAUGCGAAGAAUGGCACAUGGAUGCAGGUUACUGUCGAAUCGACUCCGGACGAUAAAAUGCCACUGGGCCGUUAUUUUCAUGCCUCAGAAAUCUAUUUAAAAAAGCAGAUUAUUUUCAUUUAUGGCGGCAUUAGCAUACGAGGCGAGCAAGAAGAGCGCACUUCGCAGCUGAUACUAGACGACUUCUGGCAAUUUUCUAUACAAAAUCAACGUUGGAGUGAAAUUGAGUUGUUACAGCGUCGAGAAAAACCGCCUGCGUUGGCGGGUCAUACACUGACACAGAUACGGUACAAUGAGCGAGAGUCACUAAUACUGAUUGGCGGAAUGACAAGAAAUAAGUCGCGCCAGUUGGAGUUAUGGGAAUUCAAUUUGGAGACAUUCCGUUGGGAACAACUACUGGCAUUGGGAGUGCGAAUGCCUGUUCUCUAUGGCCACAGCACAGUUUACAAUGCAGACUCGCAUAUACUAUAUGUUUUCGGUGGUUACUCAGUUGAGCCACAGAAUAAAUUGUACGCACUCAACCUUCAGAAGAUGACUUGGACGGAAUUACCCACAUUCAAAGAUUUGACACGUCCAGAGGUGGUGCUACCACGAUCGCGUUACUUGCAUUCGGCAGCCACUACCGAAAGGUACAUGGUCGUAUAUGGUGGACGCACUCACCCCUAUGACGCCAAUGAUGUACUUAUUGCGUACAUAUACGACUGUAAUCAGUGGAUUCGGCUAACGGAGGAUGUACAUGUCGUGGGCAGGCUGCCGCAUUCGACGUAUGCAGAGGCAAUCUCCAUCGAUCAUGAUAGCAAGGCUAUAUAUGUAAUUGGCGGUUGGGAUGGUAGCGCCGCACAAAGUCAUGUGACGCGUAUAAAUUUGCCUGACGAUAUUUGUCAGCUGUGGAGUGCCAGCAAGUAUUUGUGCCGUCACCACAAAGGCUGUAGCUUUUGCACGGUGACAGGAACCUAUAGCUCUGCUUCCUACUGCUUCUCCGAGGGCGACUCAGGUGUUUGUGAGCACCACAAUGGUACACUAAUUUAUAACAAUGGUGCUGCAUGCGACGACGCAUGGAUUGCGCGCCGCAACUGUUCCACAUUCUCUACAUGCAGUGCCUGUCUUGCCUCCUGGCCAACACACUUUGAAACGGCCCCAGUGUGCCAGUGGUGCGACGAGUGUGGCAUAAAGGGACGUUGCGUGCCGGCGGGAGUUGACUGUGAACGCCAUAGUACUUGGUGCAAUAAAGAAAUUAGUGUCGGCUUGCUGAACCUUUGUCCUCAGCCACAAUGUCACACGCUACACUGUGAAACGUGUGUGAUGAAUGAGAAUUGUGAGUGGGCGCAGAGCGAAUUGGGUACAAUCGAAUGUAUUACUAAAGAGCUUGUGGAACAGAAUCAAUAUCGCAUUAUCGGUCAGUGUCCGAUGCCAUGUCACAUCUACAAAAACUGUAGUACGUGUCUGAACAACGACGAUGAAAAUCCUAAAGACUGUAAAUGGUCUACGAUGUUGAACAGCUGUAUUUCACCACAAUCACAGCCGCUUCUAUGCGCUGGUGGUGUUUGCGGCCUAGUGUUGGAGACGAAUGAGACUUCGCAUUGUCCGGAACCGUGCCAUGUAUACGAUCACUGCUCAACGUGUCUGGAACACGCGCACUGCGGUUGGUGUGCGCGAGAUGGUUACAAUGGCGAUGGUGUCUGCACAGAAGGUUCGCUCGAAAAUAAACAGGAGUAUCCUUCCGGUUCUACUUGUGAUCUUAUUUAUAUUUCGCGACGUAAUGAUUCGCUACUUACGCCUGCUGAUGUGGUUUCAUGGCACUACGUAAAAUGUCCUGCAGAGAAUGAAUGUAAAAAUGGCCAUCACAACUGUAAUCCCAUAUCGGAGCGUUGCAUAGAUACGGACGUAGGUUACACCUGCCAAUGUGGCGAAGGGUAUCGCGAUGAGAACGGGACUUGUCUGCCAGUUUGCAGUCAGGGCUGUGUGCGCGGAAAAUGCAUCAAACCGGAUAAUUGCACAUGUGACUUUGGAUAUGUUGGUGCCAACUGUAGCAUUCAAUGUUUGUGUAACGGGCAUUCCAACUGCGAAGGACCUGAUCGUCUCGAUGUGUGUCUCGAAUGUCAUAACAAUACCAAGGGUGAUCAAUGCGACAAAUGUAAACCACUGUUUGUCGGUAAUCCAAAGGAGGGGCACGAAUGUGUGCCAUGCUUAGAGUACUGUAACGGUCAUACGGAUAUUUGUUUGGCAAAUGAUUCCGAUGCAUCUUUCUUUAAUAUGACGCACUCUGAGUUGGAGGAAGUGUUGCUUGAAGGGCCUGAGAAUAAUGCCACAUGUUUACGUUGUGCGAAUAGCACCGCUGGCGAUCGUUGUGACACGUGUAUUGUUGGCUAUUUUCGAGGUAGUGAGGAUCAUCAUAGAGCUUGUCGGCCAUGUCAGUGCCAUGGACAUGGAAACAUCUGCGACCCAGUCACAGGAGAGAAGUGCAAUUGCGGUAAUAACACGGAGAGCGAUGCUACAUGUACGGCGGGUGGUGGAAAAAAUUCGGCGCAACUCUGUUGGAGUGUGCAGUGUUCGAAGUGUCGAGACUCAUACGCGGGCAAUCCGAUUGAUGGGCAUCAGUGUUACAAGCAGAUAACAGUAGAAUCACGCAUGUGCUUCGAUGCUAAGCCAAUUGAGGAGUGCAAAUCGAAACCAGCCGCGCUUCGACCAGGCCAAACAGUUUUCUUUGUUAUUCAACCACGUUUCAUGAAUGUCGACAUACGCAUCAUAAUCGAUGUCACCCAGGGCGAAUUGGACGUGUUUAUGUCACCACAAGAUGACUCCUUCAUUGUGGAUACCAACGAAACGACGGGCUUCCAUGAGAUCUUCCUGGAUAAUCGCUACAAUUGGGUGCCAAAAACGAGGCGUAACCAUCCAUUACAUAUAGCAAUGCCGCGCACCGACAAUAUAACUGCUAGCAAAUUGGUAAUGCAUGACAAACGCAAUAACUUCUACGGACCACACAUUCAAGACUGCAAAGGCCACGGUGGACAUAGCUUCUUCGUAAAGGACAAACAUGCCAAGGACUUGAGCACACAUGUCACCCUGACUCAGUGCAAUACACUGUUACGUCUCUUCGGCCUCAAGAAUCGUUUGGUGCUAACAUUGCCACAGAACGCUCAUAAUUUAAGUGCCACGCGUUUCUUUAUCGCCUUACGUGCUGGUGCUGGUCCAGAACCUAGCUAUGGUUCUGUAGUUUUCCGUCAAGAUCAGCUACAUAUCGACUUGUUUGUUUUUUUCUCCGUCUUCUUUUCGUGUUUCUUCCUCUUUUUGGCAGUAUGCGUUGUUGUGUGGAAGGUGAAGCAAGCGGCCGACUUGCGACGUGCCCGUCGCCAACACGUCGUUGAAAUGUUGCACUUAGCAAAGCGGCCGUUUGCGCGCGUCUUCCUCACAGCAGGCGCUUUAGAUAUGGAAAGUCCACAACCAGCACCAUCAUCAGCGCGUUCAAUGCGCAGCAUAACUGCCGCCGCACGUUCGCGCCAUGUGGCUAGUGCGCAUGCCUCCGAAAUAUUGCUGAUCGCUAUUGAGCCAACUGCAGAUAAUUUGGCGGCGGUGGGUACGGUCUUUAUUAGUCUCCCAGGACGUCAUAAAGCGCCGCUAAGUCUUGCAUUAGGUUCGGCGUUAAUCACAUAUCCCAGACAAUUUCCGUUGAAUGCGCGAAACUUUAUGAGAGCGCAACGCGGUGGUGGUGCUGCGUUUGUGACUGGCGGCGGAGCGGGUGUUGGAGGCAAUCUAGUGGCAGCGUAACAUACAGCAUCUGUUAUACGCUAAAAGCAAAUGUUGUUGCUCGUCACUUUUGCUAAUUGCCGAGUUUAAAGCAUUAAAAAUCGUAUCGCGCAAAAAUUGAGCACUGUAUUCAUAUAAAAAAGCAUGGAUCAAACUUACAGCAUCUCGAAUCGUUAGGUUACUUUUUUUGUUGAUUUUUAGAUAGAGAAAAUAUGGAAAACUUAUUGAAUCCAAAAAUCGAAUUACUGAAGAAUUCUGCAUUUUAUGAUCAGUGUAAUUUACUAAAAUUUUAUAUCAAAAAAUAUCUAAGUAUGGUAAGAAUUUCGUAAAAGAGUUUACUGAAUCAACAACAAAAUGAUAAGAAGGAACACAUUAAAAGACAAAUCUAUGUAUACGUAGCUUAAUCUAAUAAUUUGAAAACUAAAUAGUAAUUGUGUAUACAUAAUCCUUAGUAAAUAAUUGGUUGAGGUUAAUAAAUAAUAAAAUUACAAAAACAAUCAAAGAGGUAUGCAGCCAUAAAAUAUUUUAGAUUAAAACAUACAUACAAAUACAAAGCAUGAGAUCAAUGUCUUGCUAAAAAAAUAUAAAUCAAUAUGAAAACUUAUAAUUGGCUAAUAUUGUAUUAGAAGCGCACAGUUCUCAAGCAUAAGGGUGAAAUGGUAAAAAUUUGUGAACGCGGUCAAUUCUUUAAAAUAUUAUUAAAAAAAUUAAGACAUGAAAAAAUUUCCAGUGAGGCCCACUUUUUUAUCACACUUACUACGUACAACAGUCAUACGGACAAGAAAAUUAAGAAUUUCCUAUAUUUGAAAUGCAACUAAAUAUAAUAAUUAUUUAGUGACUGCAAUAUGAAAAUUUGUAUUAUUUUUAUUCACAUACGUAUAUACGUAUAUACUUAUGUAUUUUUGUUAUUUAUUUGUAAAUGUAAAAGAUGUUUUUUUUUUAUUAUGUAAUAAGCUUUUAAAAUGUUUGCUCAAAUAUGAUAUAUAUUUUAUGCUCGAAUUGAAAACAGAACUCUCGAAACCAGAAAGUAACAGAAGAAAGCUGAAAUGUAAAUAUUAUAAUACUUAUACAAUACAAUUACAUAGCUACCUAUGUAUAUAUUGAUUUAGAAAUGUCGAGUGCGGAUAUUAGAUAAUUAAACAAGUUUUUGUAAAAUAUUAAUAAAUUCAAUUAUUUGCUUGUUUAGAGUGGAAAAGUAAAGAUUUGUUAUACACAUUUUAUUGAACUUUAGUUCGGGUUUUAAUAGAUUUUGAUAAAAUUAAAUUUUUAAUUAUAUUUUGUCUCUUAUUUUUCAUAAGAUUUAUACUGGUUAUUAAAUUGUUAUCAAUAUUUACAAAUAAUCCGCAUGAGAUAUUUUUUACGCUGUAUUUGCUGCGAAUCUAUUUUCUCGAAUUAAGUAUCUUAUUUUAGAAAAAGCGGACAAUUUUUAGUAAAAUGGAAAAUUUUAAAUAUUUACGUUCGAAUUCUUUGACAUAUCUCACUAGUUAGACUUAUCACGAAUACUGCUAAACGCAAGCUAUACAAAUUUUUGUUAUACCUUAUCUAAAUUUACUUAGUUUGAAUAAACACACCUGUUUUGUUCUAUAAAUAGUUGUAUGUAUCUCAAAUGGUUUGUGAACUUCUCUAGAUGUGUAAAUAUAUGUAUAUUUUAGUUUACUUGCUUUAUUUUUUGGCAAUCCCAUGACAUCUUUAGUCAAACAUUUUAAAAUAUAUUACUAAAACCAAUGUAAUUCGAUGGUUGUGUUAAAAAUGUUGAAAUAUUUUUUAUUUAUUCAAUUUUACUGCACUGUAUUUUAUUUGAUGUUAUUUAAAUAAGAUGUGGAAUAAAUAUUCGACGGCAAUUGCGCCAUUAGGGAUUUAGUAAAUUCAAUAUUUAAUGUAUACCUAUGUGCAUGAAUGUAUCAUGAAAAAAAAAUCGAACAAUUCAAACAAUAACUGAAAUUGAAAGAACUAGAAGUAAAUAGUACUUUAGUACUACCCGUGAAAGAAUACACUCGAUAAUACAUAGCUACAGUUAUCCAGUGUUUUGAUACAAUAUAUCGAAAAUAUUACACAAUAAUAUGCCAUAGAUGAAUUGUAAUAAGUAAAAAAAUCAAAUAAAAAUAGUAAACUAUUAGAAAAAUAAAUGUAA